AUGAGAACCAGAGAGCAUGGAGGCGGUCGGCUAACGAUUCCUGUGGAUGAAAAAUUCCUGUGGCUGAUCGUGCUCCACUUCAUGGCGAACGAGGGCAGCAUCCAGAGAAUCGGACAAAUUUGGAGUGUCAGACUCCUCAGUCCUGCAGGCCAGAAGAGAAAGCGAGGCAUACGUGGCAUAAUCGGUGCAGAUGGCACCCACAUCCCCAUUCUUGCUCCCCACCACAUGCCUAAUGCCUAUGUGAACAGAAAGUGGUUUCACUCCAUCAGCGUGCAGGCAGUGUGUGACGACACCAUGUUCUUCACGGAUAUUUAUGCCGGGUGGCCCGGUUCCGUAGAUGAUGCGAAGGUGUUUGUCAACUCUCCUCUCGGGCAGUCCCUCCGUGAACAGCCGCACCCGCAGUGUCCAGGGGAAACAUUCCUAAUAGGUAAUGCAGCCUAUCCACUAUAUGCCUCGUUGCUCACUCCUUUCCGCGACACGGGGCGACUGACGCAAGAUCAGAAAAACUAUAACUUUGUGCACAGCAGCAGCCGCAUGGUUAUAGAGCGUGCGUUUGGCCUAUUGAAAGGCCGCUUUAGAAGGCUAAAGCUCAUGGAGGUGACAGCGAUCGAGGAGUGUGUACAAGUUAUCACUGCUAUUUUCGUGGUCCAUAACAUUUGCCUGAUUUCAGAGGAUGAGGAAAUCGAAGAGUUUAUUGACAAUGAUAACUCUGAGGAUGCAGACUCCACUGUAUGCUUGGCAUCAACUCCUGGUCUCAGAUCCGAAAACACUGCAGGAUCGCUGAGAAGACAGGCCGUGGUAGAUAGCUUGUGGUGUCAUAUUUAA